UGCUAGUAAACGGGUCGUGCUUGUUCCUGGAUGAUGCUCCAACAUCGUUUUUGGUUGUUAUUCGGAGCUGUAGUAACAUCGUAAUAUAACAUUUCUAUUGCAGAUGAUCGUUUUAUGUUUUUAUUGAACUAUGGCCGAAUCAGAAACCAAGCACAACGAGAAUGUUCAAGUUUAUCAACUGGCAAGAGAUUGUGAAUUCAGAUUUGAAGUUGAGAACAAUGAAGUGCAGUUACAGUUGAUUGAUGGAAUGGCUGAAAUAUUUGGCACUGAACUCACCAAAAACAAUUCAUACACCUUUACCUCGGGAGCCAAAUUUGCAGUUUACACGUGGCAUGGGUGUACUUUCCAAGUGAGCGGUAAGACUGAAGUAGCAUACAAAUCUAUAGACACACCAAUGGUGACAUAUCUUAACACACAUGCUGCCUUGGAACAAAUGAGACAACAAUCAGAAAGAGAAGACAAACAAGGUCCAAAAGUAAUGAUUGUUGGACCAACUGAUGUCGGUAAAAGUACGCUGUGUAAAUUACUUUUAAAUUAUGCUGUCCGUGUUGGAAGAAGGCCUACUUUCAUUGACCUUGAUGUUGGUCAGGGUUCUAUAUCAGUCCCAGGUACGGUGGGAGCUCUUCUAGUGGAGAGACCAGCUGAUAUAGAAGAAGGGUUCUCAUUGCAAGCUCCAUUAGUCUAUCAAUUUGGAAGCACUACGCCGUCUGAUAAUCUCAAAUUAUACAAUCUAUUGGUCUCCAAAUUAGCUGAGGUGUUUAAUAUGAGAUGCAAAGCAAACAGAAGAGGUAGGUUAUUUGCCGCCUUCACCUUGAUGUGUAGAGUGAUAGUAACAAUGAUCAUUUUAUUUUGGUCUAUAUGGUAUGUUGAUGUUAUUGUUGUAUUGGAUCAAGAACGACUUUAUAGCGAACUGAAAAGAGAUAUGCCAGAUUUUGUAAAAGUUGUGCUACAGCCAAAAUCAGGCGGAGUUGUAGAAAGACCAACAGCAUUCCGCCGUCACUGUCGAGAUGAGAAAAUACGAGAAUAUUUCUACGGUUUUAGAAGUUGUUUUUAUCCACACUCCUUUGAUGUUAAAUUUUCUGACUUGGAGUUGUAUAAAAUAGGAGCACCUGAUGUGCCUUAUUCCUGUUUACCUCUUGGAAUGGUACCAGAAGACAACCAAACAAAAUUAGUUCCUGUUAAUCCAAGUCCCGAACUUGUGCACCAUGUAUUAGGAUUAUCAUCAGCAAGUUCGGCAGAGGAUGAUGACAUCGUUGGAAGCAACAUGUUAGGAUUCAUUGUCAUUACAAAUGUAGAUAUGGAACGCAAGACAUUUACAGUAUUAUCACCUGCACCAAGACCAUUGCCAAGUAAAAUCUGUGUCCUCAGUUCUGUCAGGUUCAUGGACCUCAAGUAGUAGUGGAUGUAGCCAGAACAUGUGCGCACCACCCUCUUCAUGGAUCUCUAGUGGUAUUGUACAUAGGCUGGUAAUGUGAAUGGCGCCCUGAUACCCUACCCUGUAUUGAGUUAUGGGUUAACUCACAUACUAUUAGGACAUGGUAUUUGGUACGAAAUGUAGAUUCAUAUUCCAUCUGUGUUUUGUAUUACUUGUUUUUUACAAGAUCCUUCUAACUUAUGAGUAUGCGUUUUCAUAAAUACUCUACUCAUCUGACUUAGUACCCAGGAUACUCAGCUUCAAGAGUCAUGUUUUUUAGAGGGCACCUCAUUUUUAAAAAAAUAUGACCUAAUUUUAAAAAAAAUAUGAAAAUGACAGUUUUUGUUCACAAUGAGAGUCAAGUAUGGAUACUAAGUCCCAGCUAGAUGAGUAUGGUUUAUUGGAACCAUUGAAUAAAAAUGUAUAUUUUUAAU